AUGCCUCACCAAACCCCGGCGCGACUCGCUUCUCCGGCAUUGCCCAUGCAGGCCAUGAACGUCACCAAUGGCAAGCCGAAAGACAUUGUCGUCUUCUCCGGUGGAAGCGCGGCCAAUAGUCUGGUCGACGUCUUCAAGACUGUUGCUGAGAACAACAAAAGCUCGUUGAGCUAUGUGAUACCGAUCAGUGACAAUGGGGGGAGCUCUUCGGAGCUGAUACGUGUGUUUGGUGGACCAGGUAUCGGUGAUGUGCGCAGUCGCCUUGUCCGCCUCAUUCCGGAUGACGAGGCAAAUACGGAUACAGAGAAGGGGGCAAUCAAAGCGUUCUUCAACUACAGACUUCCAAACGACGCCGAGAAAGCUCGAUUAGAAUGGCUUGAUAUCGUCGAGGCAAGACAUGCGCUAUGGCAGCAUAUCUCAACUCCAAAGAAGGAGCUCAUCCGCUCUUUUCUAAAUCUGAUAAAUCUUGAGAUCGUCAAGAAGGUCAGACCUUCCUCAGUAUUCAACUUCUCGUCGGCCAGUAUCGGUAACUUGUUCCUUACUGGUGCACGCCUCUUCUCCGGCAGCUUCGAAAGCGCCAUAUAUCUCCUCAGCAGCAUCUGCCAGGUCCCGCAAAAUGUGUCCGUUCUACCUGCAAUCAAUACGAACUUCUCGCAUCAUAUUUCAGCCGGCCUCGCCAACGGAACGUCGAUCAUGGGCCAGAACGCAAUCUCCCAUCCCAGCAUCCCAACAGCUCUUCCGGAUGUCAGCGUGAAUGGAGUCAGCGAGACCGAAGAGCAUGAUUCCAUCGAAGAUGCCAACCUGCCUGGGUCCUUACCUACUCUACGGAAGCAAUACAUCUCCUUCACAAAAAGUGAGGAAGAAGACCUACCCGCGCGUAUCGAACGAGUGUGGUACAUCAACCCCUUCGGCCAGGAAAUCCGCCCACCCGCGAACCCGAAAGUCAUCGACGCCCUGCACUCCUCGCAGAGCAUCAUUUACAGCAUUGGCUCGCUGUACACCUCCAUCAUCCCGUCCCUCAUUCUCCGUGGUGUUGGAGAGGCUAUUGCUUCGACGAGCAUCAAGCACAAGAUCCUUAUCUUGAAUAGCACCGUCGACCGCGAAACUGGGCCGUCGUCUACGCCGUUCACGGCGCUUGACUUUGUUGCUGCCAUUGCACGCGCUUGCGCCGAGAGCCGGGGCUCCUUCGGAACUGUACCCACCUCUGAAUACAGGACUUACGUGACGCAUCUGGUUCAUCUCGAAGGACCGGAUACUCCUCAGGUAAACAAGGCUGAGUUUAGUAGCCUUGGCAUUGAGACUAUCAGGCUCUACGGUAGGAAGGGCGAGGAUGGGAAGGGGCUGAGGUACGACGAAAAAGCACUAAAUCAGGCGCUCGAGGCGACGAUUGGGAAGGGGAAUGUGAGAGCGGAUAAGAGCAGGAGGAAUACGUUGGAUGGCUGA